AUGAGGGAUGACGCUGGAGGAGGCCCACCGAACCACAGAGAAGCCGAGGAGGUGCAUGGCGUCGGCGAUGAGCACAGCAGGGCAAUGAUGAAGGGGGGACUAGUCGAGGGCGAUAUGGGCAAUGGAAUCGAUCAGACCGGCCACAGCCAGCACAUGGCCCGGCCAUGGGAACUCCAGUGUCGGGGUCGGGUCCCCGACGCCAGCGAGACUGGGCUGUCAACAAUCGAUGAUCGUCAUGGAUCUCCACCGGAGAGGAAGGGUCCUGGUCUGACCAGAAUACCUCUGGGAUGCGGAGUCGAGCGCAUCGGGCCCCUCAUCCCUGAAAAGGCCGUCGAUGGCUUCUACCCCUCCCGGUCGCUGGCGAUGAUCGAUGAUGUCGAUGGCGUGAUUCCAACAUUCCUCCUCAACCCCAUGUUCAUCCGUGCCAGCAUCAUCUGUGAGAGAGAAGAAAGCUAA